AUGCCGUUGAUUAUUUCCAUUUUAUUACAUAAAAUAGCGUCUUCUACUUGCCCGAAGGCAUUGAUGAAGCCUAAGAGGGAGCGAGCUCGCCCAGAAGCUCAUCAUUGGAAGGCUCCUCCAGACAUCACAUUUACUCAUGAUGUGGGCUUCGUGUAUCGCCGGUCCUCCAGCACUGACUGCCGCAUCUGCUUCGCUGCCAGGCAGUGUUACAUCAUGAAUUUCAUCAGAUGCGAAUACUACCUGCAGACCACUAAGAUCCUUGCUGAUGAGGAUAUACCAACGGUGGACUCCAACCCUCAGCUGAGGGCUGAGAUCGACUCCAUGAUGUACAGCGUUAUUGAGAAAGCCCAAGAAGAAAUAGACUUCCAGGAUUGUGUCCCUUACAUAUCCCGAUAUACAGACUGUACUAAAGACAACAUCUGCCUGGGCUGCAAGACGUGUGACUGCGAUGCCCUGGGCCGGUGGAACUGUAGUGUGGCGCAAGAGUGUCGUCCUGAUCUGGUGAAGCCAGUCGCUGACCACAGGACCCUGGUUAUGGUAGUGGAGAACUUGAAGCAGACUGAUCAGUUCGUUAAUCUAAGAGCCAAACGUUCCCUCGAUGAUCAAUAUCACGAUGUUGAUGAUGAUGACAUCAGUCAUGCUAAAUUAUCAGAAUGGAUAAACGGAGAACCGACCCUGAGAGACGCAAGCUUAUACGCCGAAGAAUCCGAACAAGAGCCGAACCUUCUAGAACCAACUAGAACAAUCAAACAACGCAGCAAGAACGGCACUAAACUGUUGAAAAUGAUCGUGAAUUCUUUGAUCAACGAUGCCUUACCGGGAGUUUUUAAAGAAACUGAAUAUGAAAACAAUAGAGUGAAGCGAUGGGUUGGAAAUAAUACAAAGGCUGAAGUCAUAAAUAAAAUAACUUUCGAAGAGCUAUCUGAUUGGCUGAACCACGUUCACCCUUAUGUUUACGUGAAAGAUGGGAAAAAUUCUACGAAUAAAAAGCCUUUUAGUACACCCAAAACCAAUAGCAAAGCAAAAUUUGUUAAAACCACUACGAAAGCAGUUCCUAAAGCAGUACAAGUUGCGACAGCCAAUCCAAACCCAGAAUACUUAGCAUUCGAAGAAGUGUAUAACAACAUAGUAGUUGACAAUAAAAACUACAGCCGUAAGAGAAAACCUCCAGCAGAGGUUGAUAUGAAAGCCAUUGACUUAGAUUUCAACAUGUACGAUGACAAUAAUUAUCUACAAGACAUAGACAGCUCCAAAAACAGUACUGUGGAUGUAUCAAACGCAAGGGAUAUUAUUAAUAAAAUUUCUGUGACUAGUUCAACGACGAUUUAUAAAGACUAUCUCGCAGAAUUCCUGCCCAGUGUUACUGAAGUAGUUGUGAAUCUACUUGAGUCCCCUAAGAAAACUAAUUCUGCCCAUAGUAAAGAUGAAACUUACAUGAAUAAUAUAGACCUUGUGACUUUAAACAAAUUCGAUUAUCUUAAUGCAGUAAAUAUUAUGAAAAGAGAAGUUCCUACUAUAGUUACUCCACGUACUGUCAAUCUCAAUACAACAACAACACGAACAACUACUGUAAAACCCAACGCGACCAACCCUGCGAAAGAGCUAAAAGACGGUGUAUUAGACCCUCUAGAUAAAAUCCUCAAAGAUAAACAACAUGAAAUAGCAGAUCUAUUAAAAAUCAGAGAGAAACUCGUUGCAUUCAUUAAAAAGUUUAAACAGGCUAAUGUUAAAAAAGCUGGCAAAAAUGCGUUUGUAUCUGUUUACAAACUAGAAGUGAUGCCUCAUCACCAUCAUGACUACAGACGAAGCAACUCGUCAAUACUCGAUAAAUACCUGAUUAACCUAAAAAAAGACAUUUACGAAGUUGUAAAGGAUCUGGUUACUAUUCGCAAACUUUAUGGUCAUGCAAAUGUGCCUGAUAAUUUAAACUUCCUCACACGAGCUUUAAAACAUUAUAUACAUAAAGAAACUGAUUCUAAUAACAAAACCACAAAACUUCCAAUUCAUAGGCGAUACAAUGUUAACCCCAAUCUUGUCAAAGAAGCGCUUGUUAAUGUCAUCGAAUCUUUAGAUAGAAACAUGCCGAAAGCUAGCGCUUUGAUUCCCUUAUCGCCUCAUACUAAAAGAGUGCUUAAAAGAAUCAUCAAAAAGAAUUACGUAGAUGAAUACGCUAACACUGGCCUAAGAGUGUACGACCCACAUUAUAAUUUGACAAAAGACUUGAGCAGUAUCGGGACUCAGUGGCAGAUGAUGACCAGUCAAAUCGAAAAGAGUACUGUUGCUGAUCGGUUGUACAAUAUGAAGAAAUUGCAAUUGAUAUUAGCCGUCGACAUAGCAAAAAUGAAUGAUGCAUUAGCUUUGAUAGACUUCGCCCGAAGCAGACGAAUGAUUCCAGUCGAUGAAUUGCUGGGAGAAAAAAUAAUGGCCAACAUUGACAAAAGCUUGGACUCAGUGAACGUAAGAAUGUACAAAAUUAUAAACGCGCAGACAAAGCAAAUAGCUAAAUCCAAACCUCGUAAGAAAUACAGAAAGAAGGACUCGUUUUUGAAACAGAUAAAGAAUUUACUUCACAAUUCUAAAAGUGAAGUGUUGAAACUGUGGCACAAACAAAUACCAAAGUCAGAUAUUGUGAAAGAGAUCGCUCGCAAAAAUGUAGAAGAAUUAACGAAAAAGAAAUUAGAAGAAACUAUGCAAAAGUGGCAAACCAAUUUGAACGUACUCUCUGACAACAUCAGAUCGAAGAGAUCUUCGAAUGAUUACGACAAAUUGAGAAGGCGCAUUAAAAAUAUAAUACCAAAAUAUCUGAGGGGCAAGGUGCAUCCAGCUUUAAAUGGUAAAAAGGUUAAAAAUAAGAAAAAGAAUAUAACCGGCAGUUACAAGAAAGUAUUGAAUAAGACGGGCUCCAAGCAUACAACGAAGUUUACCAUCACGAAACAUACUACUAUGAAACACCCAACCAAAAAACAUACUACAACGAAACCUAUUACCACGAAACAUGCUGCCACAAAAAUUACUACCACAAAACAUACUACCAUUCCUACUUCAAUGCCCACUGCUGCUAGCUAA